AUGAAAUUCUUCAUUCGGACUCCUCAGCAACGUGCUCCGCGCUUAGGAGUACUCAAAGACAUAGACAACAGGCCCAACGUUGAAAUAGAAACGCCGCUGGCACUUCUCCAUACUCAAGGGGGCCAUAUUCCCCAUGUUACCCACGAAGUAUUCAAACUAGUCAGCAAAGACCCCCAAAUUCUGCAAAUUCCUCUAGUGAGCAUGCACUGUUUUCGAGAGACGAUGACGUAUUAUGAUGGGACGAUUUCAGAAUUCAUCGGGAGCACAAACAGUCUUUCCUGUCUAACUCUACAUGAUCCGAGCAAUCUGACAAAGCAGGGACAUCACAUUAGAAAUAAGGUUCCUAUUUGGACCAAGCAGGGUAAGGUCCUUUAUGAUCCAGAAAUGUAUAUGGAUAUUGUGGAAUCCUUCAAACCUGACAUGUACUGUUUGUUAUCAGAUGGGGAUACAAAUAUGACUAGCGCCCAAAAGCGAAUAUCAAAAGCAGUGGAGAAUACAAUUAGUCUGAGUAGACAGUGUUUAGAGAGACAUAAAAAGUCAGUUCAGCUGAAAAAUACAUUUGUGAUAUGUCCAAUUGCUGGGGGGUAUUGCCUCAAUGCUAGGGAAAAGUGCUUGAAAGCUUUACUAGCAGAUCAAGAUGAGCUGAAUGGCUUUCUUGUGGAUGGAUUGCACAACAAUGGGCCAGAGGUAGAAUUUUUACCAUUUGAAGAAGUGAGAGGAGUUGUGGAAUUCACUAUAAAAAACAUUCCUCCAGACAAGCUCUGCUCCAUGCAAGGAUGCUGGAACCCACUGAAUGUUCUUAAACUCGUUCAGCUUGGAGUGGAUAUGUUUGACACUUCUUAUUGCAGAAUUUUAACUGAACGUUCAGCAGCCCUCACAUUCAGUAUGGAAGAAGAGGAAGGUAGUGAGAGUUAUGAAAUCAAUCUGAGGCAGUCAAAGUAUGCUUAUGAUUUCACAUCAAUAAUGUCUUCUUGUCAGUGCUUAGCAUGUGCUAAAUAUUCCAGAGGGUAUAUCCAUCAUUUAUUGACAGUUCAGGAGCUGUUGGCACCUGUGCUCAUCAUGAUUCAUAAUAUUCACCAUUAUUUGAAGUUUUUCAAGAAAAUUCGGGAGUGCAUUGAGAAUGACACAUUGAGUGAAUUGGAGCAUCUAAUUUCAGAUCAAUAUAAAAGUCAUCAAGAAAAGAUUCUGAGUGGAAAAGUGGAUGAAGAAGAGCUGCAAGGCUUUUUGAACAAUAUGGGAGACAUAGAGUUUUAG